AUGAAGUUGAUCGUACAAGCGAUUCGUAACGAUCUGACUUCUCGCAAUCCCAUCCAUGUCAAUCUCGCUCUGCAGUGCAUCUCAAAUAUCGGUAGUCGCGAUAUGGCUGAAGCGUUCUCAAACGAUCUUCCAAAAUUACUUGUUUCCGGUGAUACUAUUGAUUUCGUCAAACAGUCAGCAGCGUUGUGCCUUCUAAAAUUAUUUCGCACAGCUCCAGAUGUGAUUCAACCGGGUGAAUACGCUAUUUGUGUUGUCACGUCAGCUGCAUCUCUCAUUGAAUCUCUUUCAAGGAAAUGGCCGGAUGAAUACAAGGAGAGUGAUCAGCGUAUUCGUUUCCUAGCACCUUGGUUAUGCGUGAAAUUGCUGCGCCUAUUGCAGAAUUACCCUCCUCCAGAAGACCCUUCAAACAAAGCACGACUGCUUGAGUGUCUGGAGGGAGUCCUGAAUAAAGCUCAAGAUGCGCCGAAAUCCAAGAAAGUUCAACAUUCAAACGCAAAAAAUGCUGUAUUGUUUGAAGCCAUAGCUUUGAUUAUCCAUAUGGAUAGCGAAGCAAACCUCCUCGUACGCGCUUGUAAUCAACUGGGUACUUUCCUUGCACACAGAGAAACGAACCUCAGGUAUUUGGCACUAGAAUCCAUGUGUCUAUUAGCAACAUCUGAGUUCUCUCAUGAAACCGUAAAGAAGCAUCAGGAUACCAUCAUCAACAGCCUGAAAACAGAAAGAGAUGUUUCUGUGCGACAACGUGCUGUCGAUCUACUGUACGCUAUGUGCGACCGCACCAAUGCGAGCGAGAUCGUCGCAGAAAUGCUUUCUUAUCUGGAGACGGCCGAUUACUCCAUUAGAGAAGAAAUGGUCUUGAAAGUCGCAAUACUGGCUGAAAAGUAUGCUACUGACUAUACAUGGUAUGUCGAUGUAAUCCUGAAGUUGAUUCGAAUUGCCGGUGAUUAUGUGUCAGAAGAAGUGUGGUAUAGAGUGAUUCAGAUUGUUGUUAACCGUGAAGACGUUCAAGGAUAUGCUGCGAAAACGGUCUUUGAAGCGCUACAGAGGCCGGCUUGCCACGAGAACAUGGUGAAAGUUGGUGGAUACAUAUUGGGAGAGUUUGGAAAUUUGAUAGCAGGCGACCAGAGGUCGAGCCCUCAAAUCCAGUUUGAGCUACUGCACUCGAAGUUCCCGUUGUGCAGUAUCGCGACCAGGUGCCUACUUCUUACGACAUACGUGAAGUUCUGUAACUUGUUCCCUGAGAUCAAGCACAUAAUCCAGCAGGUCUAUCAAAUCGAUCAUAAUUUGAGAAAUCCGGAUGCGGAGUUACAACAGCGAGCCGUAGAAUACCUGCAGAUGAGCAAAGUCGCGAGUCCAGAUGUUCUGGCUACGAUUCUGGAAGAAAUGCCACCAUUCGCAGAGAAGGAGAGCAGCCUUCUAGCCAAGCUGAAAAAAGGUAAUCCACAAGAUGAGGAACUGGACAGUGGGGAGAAAGAGAAGAAGAAUCGGCCUAACGCUUCUAUGUCAAAGGUCUUCUUACAAUUCUUUCUGAACUAG